AUGGAUCCGUUUAUUUUCAGCUUCAGCUAUCCCAACGGUGAGCCUCAAACUCCGACGAGGACUCCGAACACCUUCGACUCGUUCCACACCCCAAAACUCGAAUCGAGCUUUUUUGACCCUCGGGUAACCUGGGAUACCUCCGAUCCAUAUGCCUCCAGCCCAGAGCUCCUCCGCACACCACAGAAGUUUACUCUAGGCUCGUCCAAUUCACUGAAAGGUCACAAUGGGGAGACUACUAGUUACAGGAGGUCCUCGGAUCAAACCGAUACAGCCAGACGGAUUCGCCCGAUGAAACCCCUUCCGAGUGUGGGCGAGGAGUACCCUCGAACAGUGGGAUCGGCCAAGUCAGCAGCAUCAAUGCAAACCCCGCCGCCGACAAGUGCAUCGAGGCGGAGAAUCCCCGAGUUUGAACAGACCGAUGGACAUACACAAGCAGCAACGCCAGGCAUGGGAGGUCAUUUGGAAACACCUAGUCGUCUUCUCGGAGCAUCCCCUCGAAUGUUUGGAAAUCUCCAAUCGUCACCCGAUCUUUUUCAACUGGCUUCAUUGGAUCCCACGGGCUCGCCUUUUUUCCCACAGCAACGACUGUUCUGGGAUCAUGAUCUAGACAACACAGCGAGUGAGGUCCCCUUGCCCAGCAACGGGGACAAUUUCAAUGCUCGUCAGACCUCCACCUUUACAAACACCCAUCACAUCCCCCAAUUACCAAACAUUAGUGGUUCAAUUGAUCUCCCCGACUUUGGCAACGCUUUUGGAAUUUCAGCACCACCACCCACUGAUGCUGCCCUAUUUCCUGCGCCAUUCUCAACCUCUCCUCGGCUCCCAGUCACGAAGGCCGAGGAUCCAGCACUGUUUCUCAGCUCCCCUGCUCGGAGAUUUGGAGGGCCUCAACUUACACCAGAGACGCGGUCUCUUCGUGGUCUUCGACAACCCUAUCACCACCAGGCAGAAGAGUCAAGGCGGGAGGAGCUUAUUCGUGCACAGGCAUCAAAUGGCCACCAAUCCGACCCUUUCACUGUGUUCCCGAGCGAGAGCGAAGAGGAAGAUGAUGACUACACACCGAGAGGAAUACGACCAGGUCUAACACGCAGUGUCACACAUAAUGGACUACCUAGCUUAUCCCGACCGCUCAGUCAAGCCGGGGGCUUGAUGGCAUCCACCAGCGGAAUCCGAAAAAGUCCAUGUAAAGGGCGUUCGUCGCCAGCAAAAACCAUGCGUCCAGCCCCCUUGACACGGUCUAGUUCGACUGCCACCGGCUCUUUAGCGCGCUCAUCGUCUGUAGUGCUUCGUAUCGGUCGUGAUGGCCGUGCAAAGGCUGAAAUGGAGCCACUCAGUGAGGCUCCCACAGGAUUGACCGAUCCCCUGACCGGGAUUGAUCUAGAUGGCUCUACAACAGAGAGUGAAUCUGAUCCAGCUGAGUUCUCGGAAUAUCCCGUGCUACAUCGCGCUCAGUCGUCCUUUUCGCUUCGUGACGGCCCAAGGCGUCCACUAUCUCGGAGUGACUCGGGUUCCCGGCCUCCUUCAAAGGGGUCAUAUGCUUCCACCGUUGGCUCAUCACACUCGGGUCGGAUGUCACCCUGGGCUGGCUCUUCUAGAGGGGGUGGGCGACCAACGUAUCGAGGAUCUCCUGAUAUUAAGCGGACACCCAAACGGCAUUCGUCUCUGCUACACUCGGACUCGACUUAUACUCGAAGUAGCGUAGCAUCAGACUUAUUGCCCGGGGAGGAUGACGAGAGUGGCGAUGCUCAAUCUGCACUCCGACAAGUCCUCAAAGAACGAGGCCGGGGGCCAAGACCCGCCACGAAUGCGUUUGGCAACCGACUAUCUCGGUCAUCACACACUUUCGCUAAUCUCCGCUCAUCACCACCCCGCCUUGGUAGUGAUUUUGAAAUCCAUCCCCGCCACAAUGCUUCUCCCACGACCUUGACCGACCCUGAUCUUGCAACCCCCAGCACAGAGCGUCACAGCAACCCCAGCAACGGUACACGAUGUGUCUGCCGCUCGAUGGAUAACGGUGGCCACCUCAUGAUUCAAUGGUGA